CUUGCUUUGCUUCGUUCGUUUUAUCCGCGGUCUGGGGUGUGCGAAAAAUCAUCAGCUGCUGUGCGUUUUUCUGUACCCGCUGGAUUCCGACGAUUUAAGAGUCUAGUCCGGUGAUCCUCCAGAGAUCCUGUUUGAGACGCCUUCAAUAUGUCGUUGCUAGCACGGAACGUGGCAAGAAGCCUAGUGCAGGCUUCCUGCCGUGGCAUUCAUUCCACCGGAGCAGCCCAAACCCCGAAUAAAUCGAAGGAGGGUCGUAUCACUUGCACUAUGAUCCCUGGAGAUGGUGUUGGCCCUGAGCUGAUGUAUUCGGUGCAAGAGGUAUUUAAAGCCGCCGACGUUCCCGUUGACUUUGAGACGUUUUUCCUCUCCGAGGUGAACCCAGUGCUAAGCUCACCACUGGAAGAUGUAGUCCGGUCCAUCCGUAAGAAUAAAGUUUGCCUUAAGGGUAUCCUCGCUACUCCGGAUUACAGCCGUACCGGUGAACUUGAAACGAUGAACAUGAAGCUGCGUAACGAGCUGGAUUUGUAUGCCAACGUUGUACAUGUGGUUAGCUUGGAAGGUGUUAACACCCGGCACAAGGGCAUCGAUACCGUCGUCAUCCGUGAGCAAACGGAGGGUGAAUUCUCUGCUCUCGAGCAUGAAACCGUUCCCGGGGUGAUCGAAUGUUUGAAAAUUAUCACCGCGCAGAAAUCGGCUCGCAUUGCCAAGUUUGCCUUCGACUACGCCACCAAGCACAACCGCAAGAAGGUAACCUGCGUCCACAAGGCCAACAUUAUGAAGUUGGGUGAUGGCUUGUUCAUGAGGAAGUGUGAAGAGAUCGCCAAACUUUAUCCUCGUACGCAAUUCGAAAAGAUGAUUGUUGAUAAUACAACGAUGCAGCUAGUAAGCAACCCCAACCAAUUCGACGUCAUGGUUGCGCCGAAUCUGUACGGUAACAUCAUCGACAAUAUUGCCUCCGGGUUGGUAGGCGGUGCUGGUGUUGUCGCUGGCGCUUCGUACUCCUCCGAGCAUGCAGUUUUUGAGCCGGGUGCGCGUCACACUUUCGCCGAGGGUGUCGGCAAAAACAUCGCCAAUCCCACAGCUAUCCUGCUGUGUUCGUCCAAGAUGUUACGUCACGUCAACCUGCUACCAUACAGCCAGAUGAUUUUCCAGGCCGUGCAAAACGUACUUAAGGCGGGCAAAGUCCGCACCAAAGAUCUGGGCGGUCAGUCUACUACCGACGAUUUUACCAAAGCCGUCAUUCAUAAUCUGCAAUAGGAGGGUGCAAGCUACAGCUACAUAAACCAGCGUUUGUAAUAAUACACCCUACAACGCAUCUGUAUUAAACACUAGCACUGUAUCAAGUGCAAACCAGUCAAUUUUAUUUGUAUUUUUUGGUUUAAUCUCCAUUUUUUAGUUUUUUUUCUUCAAAUAAAAUAAAAACAUAUUUAUUUCAAUAUUUCUCUGCUAAAGUCAACAAUCGAAUAACCAAUCGAAAUUAUCAAAAACAGUUUUUUUUAUUCCAUGUUCCCAUCUAGCAAGGAUGUUGCCGUUGGAUUCGUAUUCGUAAUAGAAAAUAAAACUAAAGUUUCGAAGCAAA